UAUUGUACCAAUGUGACGCAAACAUGCAGCAGCAUCAGCGGUGCCAAGUACCCCAGGACAACGAACCGGAAAAGCCAUGAAAAGGAUCAAACCUUUUCGCGGAGCAAACAAGUGACAUCCGUGAACGUGCCACGUCUCAAGGAAUGGAAGCAACUCGCGACGGCGUCUGAAAGCAUCAGCAGCAGCGGACACACUCAUAAUGGAAACGCGCUGGACACGUCAACUUUCGACUACAAGUCUGAGGACGAGAAGGGGGGCGAAUCAUAUGAUGCGAACAGCGGUGCCAACCCCAGGACAACGAACCGGAAAAGCCGUGUCUUUGACCCUAAUGAAAAGGAUCGAAUCCUCAACAACAUGGCAGACAACAAUGACUCGAAUUUUCACAACGAAGAUUUUCUGAUGGGGGACUCGUUGCCUAGC